AUGUCUUCUGGUCCUACUUCUGUCAUAUCAAAUUCGGAGUCUACUGGUAGACCAAUCUCGGAACCCAAUGCUCCAAGGUACACUCUUAUCCCUCAAGGGACUGUACCCGAAUUUAACCCGAAGAAAGAAAAAUGGAUCGAAUACAAAGAACGGUUUGAAAUAGCUUGUGAGCUUCAUGGAAUUCAUGACAAGAAAAUGGCUAAGGCAUUACUUAUGGGAGCUUUGGUCCCUGAAACAUACAGAAAGUUAAGAAUUGGUUCGGCGCCAAGAAAGCCAAUUGACUUACCUUUAAAUGAAGUAAUUUCCCUCCUCGAUUCCCUGCAUGAACAAGAAAGAAAUAAUUUGAUUUCUAGAAUCAAGUUGUUAGAAAUUCGUCAAAGUUCAGAUGAAUCUGUAAUGAACUACGUUGAAAGAUUGAGAGAUAUGGUUGGACAAUGCUCCUUGGACAAUAUUCAAGAUGCAAAAGACCUAAUCUCAACUAUAGUCUUCACCAAAGGUCUGAAAUCAGAUAAUCUUAAGAGAGCAGUAUAUCAGCAACAUCAACUCAAACCUACCUCAAGUCUUAAUGAAUCUAUAAACUCGGCAAUGGGUGUUGAAGUUAUUGGAGAUUCAAAUGUAGUAUCCGUUAAUGCUGUAAAGUUUAGAAAAAAGAGUGGGAAAGCACUCAAGUCUCUAAAAUGUUUUUGCUGCAAUAAGACAGGUCACCUUAAGAAGGACUGUCGUCUUAAAGACAAGAAGUGUGAUAAAUGUAAAAAGAUAGGCCAUAUCAAAUCGGCAUGCAAGGCCAGAUCCAGAAUAGUGGGCUAUAUAAACGAAUCAGAAGUUGACGAGGAUUCGGAGUCGGAAAAUGGCAUCUUCACAGUAUCUGCAAAUAAGAUAAAUAACAGCAAGAUCAACGUUGAUAUAAAUAAGAUUGAAACUGAGUUUUUAUUGGAUACGGGAGCGUGUAAGUCUCUCCUUAGUGAGCAUUCUUGGAAAAGAAUUGGUAAACCGGAAAUAAAAGAAAAAACUCAAGCAUUAAAAGAUUUUAGUGGAAAUAAGAUUGAAAUAAUGGGGCAGAUAAACGUAUUAAUGAGAUACAAACAAAUGGAACUUAAAACGAGUCUUUUGGUUGUAAAAGGAAGUUGCCAAGAUUUGAUUGGUAGAGACUUGAUUGAUAAAUUAAAGGUUGACUUAAAUCAAGCAUAUUAUGGUAAACAUCUCUCUGGAAUAAACAACAUUGAGAAUGAGAUUGAGUUUAAAGAGAAACUUAAAUUAACUUACCCGUUCUUAUUCUCCAAAGGGCUUGGUAAGUUCAAUGGUGAUCCUAUUGUCUUGAAACUAAGAGAAAACGCUACCCCCAAAGUAGUAGUUUACAGAUGUAGCAAUUUAAAUUUGAAGCAAAAAGUUAUGGAAGAAAUUGAUAGACUGAUCAAACUUGAUGUAUGGGAAAAAGUUCAUUCUUCGGAAUGGAUAUCGCCUAUGUCAGUGGCUUUGAAGUCAAAUGGUAAAAUCAGAAUUUGUGCCAAUUUUUCUCAAACUGUAAACAAAAUGGUUGAUGUAGAACAAUUCCAAAUUCCAACAACACAAGAAUUAUUUUCAAGAAUAGAAGGCUGCAAAAUUUUUUCAAAUUUAGAUAUUUCAGACGCAUUUUUGGCUAUACAAGUAGCACCAGAAAGUAGAAAACUGUUGGUAGUUUCAACUCCAGCUGGACUCAUGCAAUUCAAAAGAUUGCCUUUUGGCCUGAGUUCUUCGCCAAUGAUUUUUCAGCGUAUCAUGUCGAACUUGUUGAGUGAAAUUGAUGGAACGGCAGUAUAUUUUGAUGAUGUUCUUAUUGGAGGAAAAGAUGAGAUUCAACAUGAUGAAAGAGUUCAUAAGGUUCUUGAAAAACUUGAAAAAUCUGGAAUGAAACUAAAUAUGGAAAAAUCAGUUAUUAGAAAAGAUCAAAUUAAGUACCUGGGGAACAUUGUUAAUGGAGAAGGAAUACGUCCUGAUCCGGAAAAGACUAAGGCCAUUAGUCUUAUGAGAAAACCUGAAAAUGCAUCAGAAUUAAAAUCCUUUUUAGGAAUGGUUAUUCAUUAUGGCAAGUUUAUACCUAAACUUAGCAUAAUUGCUAAACCUUUAAAUAACCUUACCAGAAAGAAUGCAAAAUACGAGUUUGAUAAAGAAUGUGAAAGAAGUUUUUCAAUUUUGAAGGAGAUUCUUAGUAGCAAUAAAAUUUUGGUUCCUUACAGCAUCUCAAGACCAGUUGUUUUUGCUUCGGAUGCAUCCCAGUUUGGAUAUGGAGCAGUAAUUCUUCAUAGAUUUGAAGACGGUUCUGAAAAACCAAUUGAAUAUAUUUCUAAAACAUUUAAUUCGGCCCAGUUGAAUUACAGCCAGAUUGAAAAAGAAUGCUGCGGCAUAGUUAAUGGUAUUCUAAGAUUUAAGGAUUACUUGUUAGGUAGGAAAUUUAUUCUUCAAACAGAUUCGCUCCCUUUGAAAUUUCUUUUAGCUCCAGAUACUUCAUUACCAAACAUCAUUUUAAGAAGAAUUGACCGUUGGUCCUGUCAAAUAAAAAGAUUCCAGUAUACCACAGAAUACGUUAAUACAAAAAUGUUUGGGAAAGCUGAUGCUCUGUCAAGAUUGCCUUUAUUGGAAAAUCAAGAAUGGGAGAAAAAUGAUACGGAAGCUGCUGCUAUAAUGUUAGUCGAAAACUCACCUCUGAAUACUGAUAAAGUAAGAAUAGAAUCGGGUAAAGACAAAGUGUUCAAACAACUGAUUAAGUUCAUAAAAAUUGGUUGGCCAAAAGCUCUUAAAGGAAAGCUCAAAGAAUUUGAUAGAAUCAAAUUAGAAUUAGCUGAAAAUAAUGGUAUUAUCAUGAAAGGAGAACAGUUAGUUAUACCUUUGUGUUUGAGAAAAGAAGUUCUCCAGAAGCUUCACCUAGGUCAUACUGGUAUUGUAAGAAUGAAAAUCCUUGCUAGAUCAAACGUGUAUUGGCCAGGAAUGAAUAAAGAAAUUGAGAACCUAUCCAAAACAUGCGAGACUUGUAAUAAAAUUGGAACUCCUGUUGCUAAAACUAAUCUUCACCCUUGGCAACCAUCGGUUGAAACAUUUGAAAGGAUCCACAUAGACCUUUGCGGACCUAUGAAUGGAAAAACUUUUUUGGUUCUGUACGAUACUUAUUCUUGUUACCCAUUCAUUGUCCAAGUAAAGAAAGGAGAUUCUGAAGAAAUAAUAGAAAUUCUUGACAAAAUUUUUAUUGAUUUUACUUACCCUAAGCUUCUGGUAUCAGAUAAUGGACCAAAUUUAGUUUCUGCUAAAAUGAAUGAGUAUUUGAGAAGCAAUGGCAUCAAACAUCUAACAGCAGCUCCAUACCAUCCCCAGUCUAACGGCGCAGCGGAAAAUUUAGUGAAGAAAUUUAAGAUUUCAUAUUAUAGAAGUAUUAAUGAUGGUAACUCUAGUAAAGAAUCAGUUAAAAUUUUUUUAAAAUCAUAUCGUAACUCACCUUCGUCAAGAACAGGAAAAUGCCCAGUAGAAUUAAUGUUCAAUAGAAAGGUAAAAAUAAUAAAUGACGAAAAAUUUUUUGGUAAUAAAAAGUUAACAAAUGAUAACAUUACUCCACAAAAAGAAAUUUCUAGAAAGCCAAAGAAGUUAAAUGGUAACAUUUCUCCACUAAAAGAAACUUCUAGAAAGUCUAAAAAGUUAGUAGAAUUCAAAGUAAAUGACCCCGUGUGGGAAAGAGUAAAGAAUUCUUCUGUAUGGAAAAAAGAUGUGAUAAAAGAACGUAUUGGAGUAAAUAUGUAUAAACUUUUAUCUAACACUGACAAGGUCAGACAUACAAAUCAGUUGAAAAAGAGAAUGGCUUCUCCAAUUAGAUAUUCUGAAAGACUUAGAAAGUUGCCUAGAAUUAAUUACAAAGUUUAA